CAGAGGACCGCACACACAAAAUGCCUUGGGAAACGAGGCACAAGGCCCCUCGACCAUCCUCUGUUGCCGCAUAUUGCCACUACGUUCCCUUCUCACUUACACUCAACAGUUUCUCUCUCUUCUACCUGUGACGGUCUGACUGGUCCCCUCGUGCAUCCAUCAAUUUGCCCUGUCAGACGGCAACCCACUCGACCUGGACCCGAGGACAGCCUGCCCAAGCGAAACCCAGUCCAGCUCUUCCAUUUGUAAACUGAAAUUCAUCCGAGGGAGUGAUGAUCUUCGACUCCUCAGAGCUCUGACAACAAGUCAAUGGCCUUGCGCCAGGAUUCUUCUCGUGGAUGGACAAUUGACAACAGCGACAAUGCUAAUGCUGGACUACCCCAAACUUCGGCUCAAGCCGUCUCAUCUGGCCCUCUCUUGGAGCCGCGCGAAGGCCCGAACCCUGCUCAAUGGCAGGCGGUCAAGGAACAGAUCCGAAUUCUCUACCAGACCAUGCCCCUAAAAGAAGUCAGAAGAAAGCUCGAACAGCAGCAUGGUUUUCGAGCGACCGAGCGCAUGUACAAGGCCCGACUCUCGCAAUGGGGUUUUAGUAAGAAUUACUCCGACAGAGACUAUCAAAUAUGCGCCGUUUUGCGUCAGAUUCGCCUUGACGCUGGUAAGCCCAGAACAGCAUUCAUCGUUCAUGGCCAUCAGAGAUCCCUAAAAGAUCUCCACAAAUACAUCAAAGGCCGGAGACUAACCGAGGAUGAAUUUCUGGCGACCGCAUCAGCAAACAUUGUAUGCAGAAGUCAAGCGGAUCAAGAAAAUGAUCCUCAAUAUGCUCAUGUCCGAGCAUAUACUCCAGAAGCCGACAACGACCCCGACGACCAUCCCCAACCAGUCUCAACAACAAGGUAUGCUGCUCCCGGCGAGAUACCACGAAUGUCCGAGGGGACGGUCAAACUCUCGCUUCCAGGACCAGGACUUGUAUCAGAGACAUCCCCAUGUCCGCCGCUGUCCCAUCGAAACUCGUUAGCUUUUCAGAAGUCUCCCCAUGAUAGCACCCCGUCGGCAGGCUGGUCGCCGGCUACCACACACUUCACUCCAGUGACAUUGCUUACUCCUGUCACGGGGUGUUCGCCUCAGGGUACAAAUGCUCCAAACGAGUGGCAUUAUCAAGGCUCGCCUUUACCGACUGUUCCGGCGGAACACUUUCCUCCCUCGCGGGACACCACGACCUACAUGACUCAGCCACUGAUUGAAACAAAUCAUGCCACUUCGUCAGUCGAUCACCAAAGCCACUAUGCAACCUCGUCUUGGAGUCGAGACAGUCCUCAUAUACCAUGUCAGCGGCUCCAGAGGGAUGUCGAAUACAUGGCCUUACAAGUGGUGGAUACACCAUCAGUAAAGUCUCUCUGUGGGCAAGAUGACAUUGCUUCAUGGCGACAGAUGAACACCGACGCAUCCACGCCUGACAGCGAGGAUUAUGGCCAAAUCUGUUCGUCGUGUAACGAACAGACGCGAACCCACUUCAUCAGUCUCCCCAAUCUCGAGGCUCAGUCAAGAAGCAUCCUGAAUGACACUGCCGAUGUGAAUCAGAGUACUCUGCAAGUCCCUGGCUCUGCCCGUUCCCACAACCACUCUUGGAGAUGGGUUGCUCGAUGCUUUUCCGCCUGCAUCUACUUCAACCGUGGCGAUCAUGAUCUUGCUAACAGAAGUCUAGUUGAUGCAGAUGAGGAGUUUGAGCGGAUGUUGGUUCCACACCAGGACCCCAAGAUCAUUCUGGCUCUGAACCAGACUUUGUCAAUACUGCAUAUGCACAACGAAGGAGAGACUACGAGGAGAAUCAUGAAGUCUGCCUACGAUGUUGCAUUGCGAGUCCUCGGCGAAACGGAUCCCAUCACGCAUGUUGUCCGGUGGAUGGUCCUCGUUGCCGACCUGAGGCACAAGAGCGGCGAGAUUUCAAGUGAAACAUUAUUGCUGGUUCACAAAGAUUUGACAGUAAUGCAUGGCUACAACGAUCCACGGUCCAUUGCGACUCUAUAUUGUUAUGGCUACAUGUUGAAUGUCGAGGAGAAGGCUGAACAGGCUGAAAACGUGCUCAGGGAAGCGUAUUCGAGAUCUUGCUCAGUCUUGGGGACUAAGCACCUCCAGUCCAUCUCAGCUUUGACUAACCUUCACCGGGCAGUUCGAAAGCAAGGGCAAGGCCGGAUUAGCGAGGCGAUUGUGAUGAUUCGACAAGCCAUCAAAGAUUCGAGAGAGACAUUGGGCAUCAGCCAUCCUAAAAGACUUGAAGGCAAAAGACUGUUGGCAAUGAUGCUGGAAGAAAGAGGGGAACUGGAUGAAGUCGAGAGGUUGUUCUGGCAGAUCACCGAAGGGAGAAUCAAGAUGCUGGGCAAGAGACACCCGUACACACUAGGGAUGAAGCGCGAUCUGGAGAUCUUGUUGAAAAAACGUGGGAAAUGGGGGACAGACCAGCCAACAUCAAUAUCAGAUGGCGCGCAGAGCAGCAAUGACUCAUCAGAUUCCUGGAUCGAUGCCAUGGACAUGGAUGCGAAGGAGACUCCAGAACAAACCAGACUACAAGAUCUAUUUGACUGGGAUGCUAAUGAAAGAUGGACCGACGAAGCUCGUCGCGGUGGAAAGACCCGACCCCGAUCGGAUACAUUGGAAACAGAUGAUGGCUCUGAUGGUUUGGCAGCGGGAAGUCCGCUGCAGCAGCGAGGUCAAGUUGACAUCAGCGCCGGGUGGAACAUGAUCAGGGCGGAUGCGCGAAGUUUGGGCGGCGGUUCAGACUCCGGGCGAAGCCACGAGGCUUUCUGAUUUCGACUUUGAGCAACGAUCCGGGAAGCGGUCAUUUUGUCAUCCUGCGGCCAUGAGCACCCACCCAGACCAGGAUAACCUUGAGCUUGGUAUAUGGGCAGACCUUGUCAGGGCAAUGACGCCGCUACGCGAUGCAGUAUGUGGAAAGCCGGCCACCAAAAUUGCGACAAUUAUCAAAACAAAGCAGAUGGUGAAGGACGUAUGGGGUAUUGACAGGUGGGACACGGAAACAUUGAUUUAUUUGGUUGAUUGUUUGGCAAUAGCGACAGGUGACUUUGUAGGCAUGACUAGAAACUUCUCAUUGGGUGAUGCUGCCUUGUAAUUGGUUUUAAUUCCCGCGGCGCAUAGAAUGAGAAAGGCCCUUUAACCACGCCCGUUGACCUCGAACUGUAGGCACCUGGCGGAGAUGAUUCAGCAGCUGGUCAUGGGGACGUAUCGGACACCACAAAGGUCGAAGUCUGCGCCGAUGAGACCAUGACCCACAUCAGGGCAUGUUCACUGACGUUUGUACCUACUUGAGUGGGUGCUGAUAGUACUUUAUUACUGUACUCGGAUGGGUCAGCGUACAUACAUAAAGUACAUAGUGACGGAGGCACCACGGGCAGGGAGGGGAUCCAUCGCCGGCGCUGGGGUCGUGAAUGGAGACGUAGCGAAGACUGGUAGUAAGGGCGUUGCCGGCUCGGUACCGAGCACCAACCAAGGCAGCAAG